UCUAUGCAGAUAUGCAGGCAACUUGGUGAAAAUAACUAUUAAAUUAGCUUAGCAGUGCUGUAAUUUUGCAUGUUUUAAAUGCAAUAUAAGACAAAUAUUUUAUUGUUGUUCCAAUUAAGUUUCUCUUUAAACAUUGAAGGGUGAUAAAAAUGUUUGAACAAUUAAUUGUACAAAUAAAGCAUCAGUAUGGAAAAUUCUUAUGUUUUCACAAUGCAAGUAAUAACAGUAAAGAACCAAUAUUUGGAAUGAAGAAAGACUGCCAGGGAUAUAAACAGGAAGAAACUAUAGUACAUUUCAUACGUAAUGGUAAUGGGUAUCAAAUACAGCAUCAGGAUGGAAAGUAUUUAAAUUUUGACCAUGCAUAUACUAAAUCUAAAGAACCAGUAUUUGGAAUGAAUAAAAACUUUUUUGAGGAUAAAACUAUAGUACAUAUUUUACCUAAAGAUGAUGGUUAUCAAAUAAAACAUCAAUACGGAAAAUAUUUAAAUUUUGACAAUGCAUAUACUAAAUCUAGAGAGCGAGUGUACGGAAUGACGCAAGGAUUUUAUGAAGAUGAGACUAUAGUAUACUUUAUACCAAUAAAAUAUAAUUUUUCUAUUAAAAUUGAAGGUUUCCAAUAUGAUACUAGGAUGGUAUAUAACGCUCAGUUAAAUGGUCAAAUACAGCAAUUCUCUUUGAUUAAUAAGACUUUUUAUAAUAAUUCGGACACUAAUCAAAGAUUCAGUAUAAAUGAAAGUGUAACUGUUAACACUUCUACAACAUUUCAACACUCAACAACAGAUGUUACAACAUGGCUAAAUGAAGUUUCUGCAGGGGUUAGAAUCACGGCCGAAGGUAAUAUUACUCUCCCUCUAUUAACAGAAGGAAGAGUCGUUGGAGAAACCUCGUCUGGAUUUAAAUAUACCUGGGGUAGAGAAUCCACCGAACAGUUCAGUAACAGUACUACUAAAAGUGUUGAACAAACUGUGAACAUAACAGAUGAAAUUACUGUUUGUCCUAAAUCUAAAAUGACCUACAAAUAUAUCAAAAAUCAAUUAUCUGGAAUUGCAGUUCCAUACGACGCGGUAAUGAAAAUUAAAUGUGAAAUGGGUGGAAUUUAUGUAUCGGAUGAAGCUCUUCAAUUUAUACUGGAUCAUAUAGGAGAUUGCCCUACUGGUAGCAUUGCAAAAGAGAAUGGAUGCGGUAUAUACUCUGUUCCAUUAGCUGGUGAGAUGAUAAUAAAUAUAGCACUUAAUUUCUCGACUUAUUGUGAUCAACUACCUUUAUAAAAUAUAAUCUUUACUAAUG